AAUUCUGAGGAUGUCCGAUGUAAAUGCAUCUGCCCUCCUUACAAAGACCAUUCAGGCCAGAUUUACAACAAAAAUGUUUCACAGAAAGACUGUGAUUGUCUUCAUGUGGUUGAGCCUAUGCCUGUCCCUGGACCUGAUGUAGAAGCGUACUGUUUACGUUGCGAAUGCAAAUAUGAGGAGAGAAGCUCUGUCACAAUUAAGGUAAACAAUAUAAUUCUGUUGGCGUAUAUUAAAUACUUCAACUGA